AUGGUGCACAAUCAACAACAGCAACCACGAGGUGGUGAUCAAUAUGAUGAUGACGAGGAAUAUGACGACUAUGAACAAUCGGAACAAUCAUACAACAAUCAAGGAUCAUCGGAUCAACCAAGAAUUAAAAAAUCAAACAAGAUUAAUGUUUGGGGAAAUUCAUCAACCAUGAAUAUUACUCCCUAUUUAUAUAAAAAGGUUUUGGCAUCACCUUAUUUUAAAUCAUUGUAUGAAUACAAGACAUAUCAUGAAGUUUUGGAUUUAAUUAAAAAUAUUAAAUAUAUUCAUCCAUUUACUGAUGGAGAUACAAAUGCAGAGCCUAGUAUUGCAUUUUCACUUUUAUUCAAGUUGCAUACAUUGAAAUUAUCAUAUAAACAAUUGAAGGGAAUGUUACAAAAGGAUAUGUCAACAAAUACAAAAGCUAUGGCCUUGCUUUAUGUGAGAUUUGCUGUACAACCUGAUGAAAUGUGGGAUUAUUUUAGAGAUUUUGUCAAUGAUGAAAAUAAUACUGUGAAUAUUUAUACGAAAAGAAUUUCGUUGGGAGAAUUUGUCAGGUCAUUAAUUACAAAUCAAAAAUUAUUUGGAUCUCAAUGUAUUCUUCCAAUAUUGCCAGCAAAUUUAGUGAGAAGAAUGGAAGAUUCUGAUGAAUUUUCUCAAUCAUACCAAAAGAAUAAGAGAAAGUAUUAUGAGAAGGAUUAUUCGGAUAGGAGAUCUUCAUCAUCUUAUCAAUCGGAUUACUCAAGAAAGAAGCAAAAAUCUGAUUCUAAUACCACUCAACCAUCUAAGAGCAAUACAGAAACAGCAAACUCAGAGAAAGAAGAUUUUGAACCUGCUGAAUCUAGAUUUUCAAAACCAACCUUCGCCAAGACAGCCAAUAAUUCUCAAUCAUAUUCGAAAAAAUAUGGAGCUAUCACAAAGGAAUACACAACCAAUAUAAGUUUUUCAAAAAAGGACAUUACUGAAGUCGAAACAGUAAAGCUCAGUAAAGACUAA